GCUUUGGUUGGAUGUAUCUUCUCAAACCAUCAACGUCAUUGCGAUCAACGCGAUCAACGCGAUCAACGUCGUCAAGUCUUCUGUCUCAGCCAUCUGAACCAAGGUCUGAACCGUCUCAUGCCCGUCGUGCUUCUCGUUCUGCUUCUUCUCGUCGUGACUUCCUUGACGUUUGUGCUCUCACUUGAUUAGACCGAUUCAUGUCAUGAUUAGACCGUGUGGCUGGCUGUGGUCCACCUCCGAUCCUCCUACUUCUGCUCGCUCACUAUGCAAUACGACCGGGUGCCUUUGAGUCCCGUGGGUUCUCCCGCCUCGUUAUCUAGUCCGUCGCCCCGUCUGGCUCCACCUAGCCGUUUCUCGGGCGGCGAUUCGAGCGGGGGUCUACCCAGUCCGGCCACGGCCAAGUCCUGCAUGUCGGCCGCGGCCAAACGCUACAAAUACCUGCGCCGCUUGUUCCAUUUCCGUCAGAUGGACUUCGAAUUCGCGUUCUGGCAAAUGGUCUAUUUGAUGAGUGCGCCCCAACACGUGUACCGCAAUUUCCAGUACCGCAAACAGACCAAGUUACAGUUUGCCCGGGAUGAUCCGGCGUUUUUGGUGUUGUUGGCGGGUUGGUUGGUGGUGUCCUCAGCCGGGUUCGCCUUGGUGUUGAACAUCGGCUUGGGCGAGUUUGUCAAGUUCUUAUUGUACGUCAUCUUUGUGGAUUGCAUCGGGGUGGGCUUGGUGGUGGCCACGUUGUUGUGGCUACUAAGUAACAAGUACCUGCUCAAGCCCGCCUACCGGGAGUUGGACGUGGAAUGGGGCUUCGCUUUCGACGUGCAUUUGAACGCCUUCUUCCCGUUAUUGGUGAUCCUUCACUUCAUCCAACUGUUCUUCUACCAUCUGAUCAUCGGGCGGGACCUGUGGGUAGCCACCUGCUUCGGGAACACGUUGUGGUUAAUCGCCCUCGGUUACUACGUGUACAUCACGUUCCUGGGCUAUAACUCGUUGAACAUUCUCCAACGCACGCAGGUCUUUCUCUACCCCAUGGUGCCCUUGGUCUUGUUCUACGGGAUGACUUUACUCACCAAUUGGAAUUUGAGCCAGAGUUUGAUGUUUUUCUACCAUUACCGAGUGCUUUGAAUCAUCCCCCUCCCCUGCCAACCAUCCACCACCAACACCACCAUCCGACAAACGAAUAAGAAAGAGAAACAAAUACAGCAGGGUCGGCAAUCGUUUGAGCUCCCGCCCCGCCCCUGUUAUAAAACAAACGCCCCGGUCAGAGUUAGCGAACACUUCAUUAAGCUAAUGUGUGACUGCAGUGAUCGAAAAAAAUAAAUUAUCAUUACUUUA